AUUUCUUCCCUGAAACGUAGCCAAACCUGCCUUGCCCUCUGCUUGCUAGUCCAUCUCUUCUCUCUUCUCCAUCCAUGUAGAUAAAUAGACGCCAAGCGCUCUCGGCACCGGAGCAGGCCGGCGGGUUCAGUGGCCCCUGCAAGUGCAAGCUAAGGCUCACAGCAUCCGUUCGGUUCCGGCUCCGAGGGACUCGCUCCCGUCGGGGACGGAUAUAUAUCCAUCAUGGAGGCGGCGGCGGCAUCUUCUCUGUGGGGCGGCCUCAACUCCGGCAUCAUGCUGAGCCUCCUGGCCGUGGUGUGGGCCAUGCUGUGGCAGGCGCUGCAGGGCCUCCAGCUGCAGCAGUACUUCGGGCGCCACUCCCGCCGCCUGUCGCGCCGCCUCGCGUCCAUCCUGGACCCGGACCUCACCGUCACCGUCGCCGAGUACGACGGCGGGCGCAUGCGCCGCAGCGACGCGUUCAAGGAGGCCAAGGCGUACCUGGAGCGCGCCACGCGGGAGGCCCGCGGCGGGGUGCGCCACCUCAAGGCCGAGCCCGACAAGGACCCCGACCGCCUCCUGCUCAGCAUGGACGACGACGAGGAGAUCACCGACGAGUUCAGGGGCGCCACCGUCACGUGGCGGGCCUGCACGGCGCCGCCGCGCGAGGACAGCGCGCCGGCCUACUUCUGGGGCCGCGCCCCGCGCGCCGACCGCAGGUUCUACCGCCUCUUCUUCGCCGAGCGCCACCGGGACCUCGUCCUGGGAGACUACCUCACCCACGUCCGCCGCGAGGGGCGCGCCGUCAUGGUCAAGAACCGCCAGCGCAAGCUCUUCACCAACAUCUCCGGCGACGGCUCCUGGGACUCGGACGGUGUUUGGAGCCACGUGGUGUUCGAGCACCCCAAGACGUUCGCGACGCUGGCCAUGGACCCGGACAAGAAGAAGGAGGUGAUGGACGACCUGGACGCGUUCCGCAACGGCAAGGACUACUACGCGCGCGUCGGCAAGGCGUGGAAGCGCGGCUACCUCCUGUACGGGCCGCCGGGGACCGGCAAGUCCACCAUGAUCGCCGCCAUGGCCAACCACCUCGACUACGACGUGUACGACAUCGAGCUCACGUCCGUGCGCACCAACACCGACCUUCGCAAGCUCUUCAUCGAGACCACCAGCAAGUCCAUCAUCGUCGUCGAGGACAUCGACUGCUCGCUCGACCUCACUGGCAAGCGCAAGAAGAAGAACAAGAAGGAGGAGGACGGCGAGAACAAGAAGGACGGUACUACGACGAAGCAGCAGGAGGAGGACAAGGAGAAGGAGGACGAGAAGGCGGGCGGCAGCAAGGUGACGCUCUCCGGCGUGCUCAACUUCAUCGACGGGCUGUGGUCCGCGUGCGGCGGUGAGCGCAUCAUCGUGUUCACCACCAACCACGUGGAGAAGCUGGACCCGGCGCUCAUCCGGCGGGGCCGCAUGGACAAGCACAUCGAGAUGUCCUACUGCUGCGUCCAGGCCUUCAAGUUCCUGGCCAAGGUCUACCUCGACGUGGACGACCACCCGCGCUUCGACGCCGUGGCGGCGCUCCUGCGGGAGGUGGACAUGACGCCUGCGGACGUCGCCGAGAACUUGACGCCCAAGGCACCCGGCGAGGACGCCGACUCGUGCCUCGCCGCGCUUGUCGAGGCACUGGAGAAGGCUAAGGAGGACGCGCUGGCGAAGAAGGCCAAGGGGAAGGAGGAGGCCGGCUCCGCCGAUGAGCUCGACGACGAGGAGUAGCUGGUGGCUGCUGUUGACUUCUUGUUAGUUGCUAGUGCUACAUAUGUAGGGAGCCCCUGAUCUGGUUGCUGGUCUCAUCUCAUGAGCGAAGAAUAAUGCUAACUAGACGACGAUUUGAUUA